GGAGAGCCUGUGGCUCUCCCACGGGUCUCGGGGGUGCAGGAUGGUGGGGAAUGAUGGUCCCGUCGCAGCAUCCUCCCAGCUCUACGGAGGCUGCCUGCAUCCCCGAGGGAAAAGCGAGAGUUUCUUCUGGUUUGCUCUGUACAGAUUGGGCCAGAUCCGGCAGCUUUGGCACAGAGAGGCGAACUGAGCUGGAGCCGCUGGACUCCAGCUGGUGGAGGGGGAAGCAUCUGGGGGACUGUUGUGGUACAUCCCUGACCCCGGCGGCAGAUUUCUGCACCUCUCUGCUUUUGAUUCCUAAAAGAUGUUGGUGGAACGAGAUCUUUAUGCACCGGCAGCCAAGGUUUGAGCCUGGAAUAGUGUCUCCUUUCAAACGAGUCUUCCUGAAGGGCGAAAAAGGUCGGGAUAAAAAAGCCCAGGAGAAGGUUACAGAGAGACGGCCUCUGCAUACAGUGGUGGUGUCCCUGCCUGACCGCGUCGAACCAGACGUGCUGCUGAAUGACUACAUCGAGAAAGAAGUGAAGUAUUUAGGUCAACUCACAUCCAUCCCAGGGUACCUGAAUCCCUCCAGCCGCACGGAAAUCUUGCAUUUGAUCGAUAAUGCAAAGAGAGCACACCAGCUCCCCGGGCAGCUGACCCAAGAACAUGAUGCUGUCAUCAGUCUCUCUGCCUACAACAUCAAGCUGGUGUGGCGGGAUGGAGAAGAUCUCAUCCUCAGGGUCCCCAUCCAUGACAUCGCGUCCGUUUCCUACAUCCGAGAUGACUCCUCUCACUUGGUUGUGCUGAAAACAGCUCAGGACCCCGGGAUCUCCCCAAGCCAGAGCCUCUGUGCUGAGAGCUCCAAAGCGCUUACUUCGGGCUCGCUGUCUGAGAGCGGGGUGGUUCCCGUUGAAGCUUGUUCCUUGGUGGUCCUGGCUACGGAGAACAAAGUGACUGCCGAGGAGCUGUGCUCGCUUCUCAGCCAAGUCUUCCAGAUUGUUUACACUGAGUCCACGAUAGACUUCUUGGACAGAGCAAUAUUUGAUGGGGCGUCCACGCCAACACGGCACAUGUCCUUACAUAGCGAUGACUCUUCUACAAAAGUGGAUGUUAAGGAAUCUUAUGAAACGGAAGCAAGCACUUUUUCCUUUCCAGAAACCUUGGAUGCAGGUGACAACUCCCCCUCUUCCUUCUCCACACAACAGUCUCCGCACAUUAAGACAGUCAGUGAGAGCGAGCUGAGCACCACGGCGACAGAGCUGCUCCAGGACUAUAUGAUGACGCUCCGAACGAAACUCUCUUCCCAAGAGAUCCAGCAGUUCGCAAUGCUCCUGCACGAGUAUCGCAAUGGGGCUUCGAUCCAUGAAUUCUGCAUCAACUUGAAGCAGCUCUACGGGGACAGCAGAAAGUUUCUGCUCUUAGGUCUUCGCCCCUUCAUCCCCGAGAAGGACAGUCAACACUUUGAGAACUUCCUUGAAACCAUCGGGGUGAAGGACGGCCGAGGCAUCAUCACAGACAGUUUCGGGAGGUACAGACGGACACUGAGCACCACCUCCAAUUCCACCACCAACGGCAACGGCGCUGCUGGCAGCUCAGAUGACCAGUCCGUCCCUUCGGAGGAGGACGAGUGGGACCGAAUGAUCUCGCACAUCAGCAACGACAUUGAAGCCCUGGGGUGCAGCAUGGACCGCGAUUCCUCCUGAGAGCCAGCGAGGGGGGGAGGACGGCCCCGGCAGCUCCCCGCGCCGGGGCAGGGGCUCACUCCGGCACCUUCCCACCCUCUCGGAGAGACCCCCGCAGCAGUGCCUGUAUCCUGACCGUCGUUCUGGAAGAGGUUUUGGGGCUAGAUCAGGAUGUAAUUACUCUCCCGUCCUCGUUAACGGCUCCAAGUGGCCCUCGGCAGGCGGCCAGCACCCUCUCACCGUGCCGGCACGCUGUGGUGGAGGACGCCGGGGCAGGAGCCCGGCCUGCGCCGUCCCUGGUUUGGUUUUGCCGGCACAGCAGGGAGCGAGGCCGGGGAGACAAGUCGGCUACAACCCUCUGCCUGGUUUACAGUUUUGCACAUGGUAUCCCUGUUGUAACUGCUCUCCUCCUCUUCUUCUUCCUCCCCCUGUUUUUCGAAUGAAGUUUACCACAAUGUGAAUUAUUUAAACCUAUUGUCGAUGUUGUCGAAACAUUUCGGCUCCAGACCCGCAGGAGAAUCUGCCGAUGCCGCUCGCACUGCGAGCUUUGUGCUUGGGCUGCCGCAACCCGGCCUGCAAACGCUGCCGUACCGCCCCCCCCCCGGCCCCGGCUUUGCUCAGGAAUAGCGGGAGGACCCCAGGGAGGUGGGGGGGGGGCCACACGGAUGCCAUUUUACCUGCCAGCGGGCUCGUGUGCGCCCGUGGGCACAGGGCAGGCGCCUGCCAGGGCAUCCCCUUCCUGCACGCCAGCCUGCCGAGCACAAGGACUUGCCCCAUGCAUCCCACCCCCCCGUCCCCCCGGUCUGGGGGACCCCCUGGUCCUCCCCUGCCACCCGUCCUGGGGUUUGGGGUGCUGGCAGGAGGGCAUUGGGUGUCUGUUGGGGCUCCUCGGGGACUUUGCUGUCCCCCAGGGACACCACUGGGACAGGAGAGCUGAUCCAGGACCCACUCUGGGAAGGUUUUUUUUUGGGGGGGGGGGGGUAGGGGGAGGCUGCAGGGUGUGCUGUACAUGUUGUAUAUAUUUUUACAUACAGUUAUAAAUACACACUUAUUUUUUUAAUCUCUAUCCCCUGCCAGAGGAGCACUCCCGUGCAGAGAGAGGUGCUGGCUGGGCCCCACGGGGGAGAUGCUGUUUGCUGGGGCAGGGUGGGGGUCACCUAAGAAGGAUCAGGGCUUGGGGUGGGGGUCCCCAGUUAUCUUAGAGCCACAACCAGGAGGAAGGAUGGGGCUGGAGGAGGAUUGGGGCAGCACCCCAGGGGUCAGACAGGGUCUCUGGCACCCAUGGGUGGCUCUGGCAGCCACCCCGAGCUGGGGCGGGGGCUGGCUGCGGUGGGUGCUUUGCAGCCAGACACUGGCUCAGCAGUUUUUGGGGGGGAGAACCGGCCUCCUCCUGCACAUUCCUCUGCUCUUUGUCCCCAAAGCCUUCCCUGCAGCUCCCCACCCAACCAUUACCCUUACCGGUGUCCGUCCCAGGCAGGCAGCAGACUUCAUCCCUACCAUCCUCUCCCUCCCCAACCCCGCUGCUCCGGCCAUUUCUUACCUGCCCUUUCCCGGGAUCGCAGGCGCCGGCCCUCGGUACGAUCCUGCACAGAUCCCGCGCUGCUUUAGGCUGGGGUCAGGGUGACCCCCUUCUGCUCCCUGGGGGGUUCCCCAUCACCCCAAUCCCUCCUUCCCCUGGACUUUAAGGGGUGAAAGCAGCCGAGUCACCCCGGUGUUCGGCUCCCUGGGGAGCCGGGGACAGGUACAGGAUCCCUCCAUCCUCCGACAGCCCUUUCCUUCCAGUUUUGAGGCUGAUAUAAACUCCAGAGCAGAGAGGGGGGGGGGGUCUCAAAGAGGGUCCCCCAGCCCCUGGAGGAAAGGGUUUGGCCAGGACACAUCCAUCCCGGAGCGCAUCUUCCCUAGGAACAAGCCUUGAUGGAGAAGCUUGAGGUUUCCUCCUCCUGGCAGGUGUUUUUGCCAUCAGCCAAGGGAAGGGGAGAUAGGGGGUCCCGGCUCCAUCCCCUGGGCACCAGCUCCAGGGCCUCAGGAUUGGGGAAACCAAGAUUUUUCCUCCUUCUUAAGCCCAGGAGGCAGCAACACAGCACAGGGCUGGGAGUACUCAGAGCUGGGGGUAGUUUUAGUGCCUUUUUAUGAUUUACAGAUUAAAAACAAAUUGCACAUGGGGAUGUUCAAGUCCUUAAAGACUUAAGGAAAUUUGGAAGAAAAAAAAAAAAAAAAGCCCUAUUUUUGACAUGAUUGUAUACGGAGAGCUAUAAAACAGAAGCCGUAACAGCUCGCGGUGGUUUUGUUUUGUUUUUUUUUUUUUAUACUUUGGUGGGAAACAGGACUUAAUUCUGGAAAUAACCCCGCGGGGUGUAGCGUUCUGGGAGCGAGUAGAUGGCAGCAGCCGGGGGGGUUUCUGCCGCCUCCAUUUUCCCAUCGCCAGCCCUGGAGCGACCCUGGCACCGGGGGACAUGGGAUGGGGGGGCCGCGGCGGUCCCAGGGCAGGCUGUGUAUGUAUGCUUUCUGUACGGAGUAUUUGUUACAGGUAAAUAUAAUUCUGCACCCGA